UUUCGAUUAUGGCUCAUCCGGUGCUGAAAUGGUGUGUGCAAGAGUACCUUUAUACAAACUUGGCUUUUGGUAUUUGUUAUCCUGUGUUUCGUUGUGCUACUAGUCAGUUGUGUAAAAGCACCAGUUUUUUUCAUGGUUGUUUAUGUGCCCUUUCUGUUGAUUUUUUCAAGAGUUUUUGCACCAGCCGGACAAGUGGGUUGCUUCCCUACACUUCCUCUUUUAAUGGUGGACAAAGAGGAGUUUUUCAAGUUGUUGACACCUCAAUAACUCGUAAAGAACAGAGUAGAAGGAGAGUAUUGAAAGCCAUUCGAGGAUUUCCUAAUGAGUUUAAUCACAACUGGAACGCAGAUGGUCAAAGAAGACUGAUCGAUGAGCUGGUUGACUUUCCGUGCAAGUUCCAGUUCAAAAUAAUUGGUAUACGACAAGGUAACUUUGUGGAAGAUAUAGUGGACUGUGUUGCAGAAGUUUUACAAAUUGAUCCUUCUUACAUGGAGGUCUCUACCAGAGACAAGGGAAAGUAUCGAAGUAUUACUAUUGAUGCACCUUGUAACAGCUCCGAACAAGUAUAUAGUAUUUAUGCCGCUAUUGAUAGAGAUCCUAGAGUCAAGUUUAAAUUUUGACUUGUAUAUGAAUAUCAGCCGUCCCCAAAGUUGAUGGAACCGAGAAGAGUUGCGAUAGAACAAAUGAUAUACAUAUGGGUGGGUUGAAAAUGGUGCACUGUGGGUUUGAAUCGGCAUGUUUUUUUGUAAUCGAGAGAAAUAAAUGGAUUGUAAGAAAAGAGAUUGGUUAAGA